AUGAAGGGUUGGAUAAUGUGGGAGCGUUGGAGCCGAGUGGAGCCGAGGGUGGCCGAGGGUGGUCGAGGGCGGCCGAGGGUGCCGGACCGACCACUCACACCAGCCACCAUGUUGGGAGCUGCCGCCCGUGCCUGCUCCUCUGUCCUGAAGGCGGCCAAGCCUGCUGUGGCAUCCCUGUCCCUGCAGCAUGGAGGGGCGAGGACCAUCCCGGCUGUGUACGCCGCCCAGCGCAAUUAUGCUGCAAAGGCUGAAGCUGCCACUCAGACCGGAGUGGCUAAUGGCAAGGUUGUGGCUGUAAUUGGUGCUGUGGUUGAUGUCCAGUUUGAUGGAGAGUUGCCACCUAUUUUGAAUUCCCUGGAGGUGGAGAACAGGACACCCAGGCUGGUUCUUGAAGUGGCCCAGCAUCUUGGAGAGAACACAGUACGAACUAUUGCUAUGGAUGGUACAGAGGGUCUUGUUCGUGGCAAUGUUGUUAGGGACACUGGUGGCCCCAUUUCUAUUCCCGUUGGUCCAGGAACACUUGGCCGUAUUAUUAAUGUAAUUGGUGAGCCCAUUGAUGAGCGUGGUCCAGUUCCCACCGAGUUUUACUCUACUAUUCAUGCUGAAGCUCCUGACUUCGUUGACAUGUCUGUUGAACAAGAGAUUCUUGUAACUGGCAUUAAGGUGGUAGACCUGCUUGCCCCAUACUCAAAGGGUGGUAAGAUUGGUCUGUUUGGUGGUGCUGGUGUUGGCAAGACUGUACUCAUCAUGGAACUGAUUAACAAUGUUGCCAAGGCUCAUGGUGGUUACUCUGUAUUUGCUGGUGUAGGCGAACGCACCCGUGAAGGCAAUGAUCUCUAUCAUGAAAUGAUUGAGUCUGGUGUGAUUUCCUUGAAGGACGACACCUCUAAGGUAUCUUUGGUGUAUGGUCAGAUGAAUGAGCCCCCAGGUGCCCGUGCCCGUGUUGCUCUGACUGGCCUGACUGUAGCAGAAUACUUCCGUGAUCAAGAGGGACAGGAUGUGCUGCUCUUCAUUGACAACAUUUUCCGUUUCACUCAGGCAGGUUCUGAAGUGUCUGCUCUUCUUGGGCGUAUCCCAUCUGCUGUAGGUUACCAGCCCACUCUAGCCACUGACAUGGGUACUAUGCAGGAAAGAAUUACAACUACCAAGAAGGGAUCCAUCACAUCUGUACAAGCUAUUUAUGUACCUGCUGAUGACUUGACUGAUCCAGCUCCUGCCACUACUUUUGCUCACUUGGAUGCUACUACUGUGCUGUCUCGUGGUAUUGCAGAGUUGGGAAUCUACCCUGCUGUGGAUCCCCUAGAUUCUAUCUCUCGUAUCAUGGACCCUAAUAUCAUUGGCGCAGAACACUACAAUGUUGCCCGAGCUGUGCAAAAGAUUCUUCAGGAUCAUAAAUCACUGCAGGAUAUCAUUGCUAUUUUGGGUAUGGAUGAGUUGUCAGAAGAGGAUAAGCUUACUGUUGCACGUGCCCGCAAGAUUCAGAAGUUCCUGUCCCAGCCCUUCCAGGUGGCAGAAGUAUUCACAGGUUAUUCUGGAAAGUUUGUCUCAUUGGAGAAGACCAUUGCCAGUUUCAAGGAGAUCUUGGCUGGAAAGUACGACUAUCUGCCAGAAGCUGCUUUCUACAUGCAGGGUGACAUUCAAGAUGUUCUGGAGAAGGCUGAACAGUUGGCAACUCAGGGAAGCUAAGUUUUAUGAUGAUAAAGUCCCCCUUAAAUUAAUUUAUGUACAGUGCUUUUAAAUGGUCCAAUAAUGUUUGUGGCAAAGAAGUGCACUGGUGAAGUCUUAAACUAUGGCAAAACACUUUAUCUUGUAUUCCUGAAAAAGGAGUCGUUGUACAGAAUUCCAGUGAGAAUGUAAAUUUAUAUAAAUAAAUGUGAAAGCUAC